AUGAAGAGCAGUUAUACCUAUAAAAAAAUCAACAAUCUUGAAAUUAAAUUAGACGUUCAUAUUCCUCCUUCAGCAACUGCUGAGAAUCCUGCACCUGUAAUAGUAUGGUAUCACGGUGGUGGCUUAUUGCAAGGCAGCUGUGAACGUUAUCCAAACCAUUUCGAUGUCGCAGUCCAGGAACGAGGUUUCGCAUUUGUUUCUGUAGAUUAUAGACUUGCUCCACAGGCUGAUUUCGAGGAGAUUCUAUCUGAUGUCUCUGAUUCCGUCAGUUACACAAUCGAAGAAUUGCCCGGUCAAACAGGACAUCGUAUUGACGUCAAGAGGUGGUUUGUCUCUGGAUCGUCUGCUGGCGGAUGGCUCAGCUUGCUCGUUGGUCUCGGUGUUGCCAAUCCUAAACACAUCCCAUUGGCGUGUACGGCUAUAUACCCAAUAACAAAUACUUUGGCACCAUUUUGGAACACUCUUCAUGAGAAGGCAGAAUGGGAAGAUGGACCUGUUGCCCAUGAAACAGUCAAGGAGCAUCUGAAUGUGGAUGCACCUGUCGUUUCUAGUAAUCCUUCCAACUCAACUAGAUCAAAGAUGUACGCCUGGAUGGUACAAUCUGCCUCACUGAACGAAUUACUCUACGGCACUAAGAAAGACCGUGCAGGAAAUUACGCCAUUAUCAAUGUGCUCAAAGAGAAGAAGGAUGCAACCCCGCCAAUUUACAUCAUACACGGCACUGUCGACACGGCUGUACCAUUUUCACAAGCCGUCGAAGUUGUAGAUGCACUCAAGGCUAGAAAUGCUGAAGUACAAUUUGACGUCGCGCAUGAUAAGGAUCACUUAUGGGAUGAAUAUGAUAAAAAUGAAAGAAUGGAUGGACUAUAUGCCUUCAUCAGGAGGUAUUUGUAA